AUGUCGUUGGCUCCAUACUAUUAUAGACCUUUGACCCCUCCGCAGGGUGGUGCUGCUGGUCGGCACUCUCAUGCUCGGAAUCUGUCAGCUUCGUCAUACUGCACAAUUGACACUUCACCCGAGUCAGUUAUAACUGCUAAUUCAACUCCAAACCGAUCUCCGGUUCUUCGUCAACAUGGCCCAACGUUGCUCCCGAAGAUCAGGACUCAGGACUCCGCCACAGAUGCUCGCCUUGCACACCUUCCAGCAUCCCACAAACGGACGGGUUCCACAAACCAUACCAAAUACAAUCGUCCUGUUGUGUAUCGCAGCGCGACCGAACCUGCCGAAUGCCUUCCCCUGAUCUCUCCAGUGUCAAACGCCCCAUAUUCUCGCUCCAACUCCCUCAUUCCCUCACCAACCUUUUCAAAGGCUCGGUUGCAGGUCCCAACCAAAAACCAUUCUCGCUCGACUUCUGCCUCGAGCAUCGAUAGUAAUGUCCUCAACCGCUUCGGCUACCCUACCUAUCGACAGAUGCCGGUCUAUGUUGCUCAAAACCAGCAUACCCCAUCGCCUGAUCUCUUUGCCACGACAUACACGUCAUACCAGGACAUACCUCUGCUCGAGCCUCCCAUGAUUAACCUAGAGGGUACUUUCGAUCUUCCCAUCGACCUAGACUCAGUGUCUCGUCCAUCAUCCAUGAGCCCACCCCCUAUGAUUGCGCCAGUCUCGACGACCAGCAUGCUCAGUUAUUUGACGCAGCCAACGCAACCGGUCAACUUAGUUCGACACUUGACUUUCCAGACUGGCCGUGGAUUGACAAACCACUUUUGGUGGGAUGUCCGGAAUGUGCGCUCGUGGAAAAGUUUCUCUUUGGCCACCAUGUCCACCAUCCCCGAUCUUCUGACCUUGCUCAAUUUCCAACACGAUACUGCAUGUCUGCCACUAAUCAACAUGAACACUUCCACUGUGACACCCAGUUCCGAAGUCGACCUUGCUAAUUUAAUCUCCAAGAUCUAUUUCCCCAAGGUCAAUACUGCCACCAGGCUCUCACUUGGAAACAAUGCCAUCUCAUUGUAUCCUGCGCCCACACCCACUGGGUCUGGCGUUAGCUCAAACGCGGCUAACAUUCCCACCUUUUUGGCCAACUACCCCAGUGACAACGAUCGGACACUGUCAGGCUUGCCACGGGGCCGCGUCGUAGGACUGGCCCGGUCCUUCGAUCGCUGGAACACAGGCAUGUACCGUGAAGGACCCGCUCGGAAAGUUGAAUACUUGCGCACUCUUGCUCAUUUGCAGAAAUGCAUGCGUGACCACAGCUGUCGCUAUGGAUUCAUCAUCACCGAGAUUGAACUUGUCUGUGUCCGUGCUGGUUGUGACGACCGUGGCAACCCGUACUUCGGAUACCUGGAAGUUGCGGAAGCCGUCGAAACAAAGACUUUUACCAGGAGAGACGGACUGGCCAUGGGGCGGGUCGAAGGCGAAGUCAGCAUGACUGUAACAUUGGCCCUCUACUACCUUCUUAUGCUGGCGAAGUCCACCCCUCUGCCAGGUCAACCGGCAAGCUUCAUGGAUGUAGGCGGAGCAGGUGCCCUGUCGAGGUCUAGAGUUUGGGACGGUGCAAGCGGCACUGGCUUGAAUCCCAUCAACAUCGAUGAAGAUAGUGAUGUGGAAGAGUUGGGAAAGGAUGGAAAGGACAGAUGGAUCCCAGAGCCGCAAAUGGGUGAGAAAAGAGAGGCAAGAACUGUCCGAGGUUGGGUCUGGCCCAGUGACCCAUGGCACAAGAGAGAAGGAGAGCGAGGAGAGCGAGGAAGUGGCGGAAGAGGUGGCAGAAGGUGA